AUGCAGAGUUAUAAACCAUGCACCAAUUUGUUCAUGCCGUCCACACUUCGAAGGAGACCCGUUCAUAAGAUGCACUGCUAUCCAAGUUGCCUUGAGGGAUACACUGGCAAUCCUUUCGACAGCUGUUACGUCAGAGAGGUUAUAGAAAAUGUGCCGAUACAGUACGAUAAAUGCAAUCCAAAUCCAUGCGGCGCAAAUGCAGACUGUAAUGACGGAAUUUGUUCCUGUAAACCUAAUUUCUUCGGCAAUCCUUACUUGUCUUGCCGCCCUGAAUGCUCGCACAACUCAGAUUGUGCUCUAAACUUGGUGUGCAAUGAAAAUACGUGCGUAAAUCCCUGCAUUGACUUAUGCGGUCAGGGAGCCCAGUGCGAGGUAUAUAACCACAUCCCCAUGUGCACUUGUCCACCGAAUACAACGGGAAAUGCAUUCUUCUCGUGUACACCUGUCGCAGUUCAACCGGAAAGGAGGAAUCCAUGUGAACCAUCGCCUUGCGGUCCAUACAGUACCUGCCGCAGUAUGAAUGAGCAAGCCAUGUGCUCAUGUUUGAUAGGAUACGUCGGCGUUCCACCUUCAUGUAGACCAGAAUGUUUAGUGGAUUCAGAUUGUUCUAGCCUUAUGUCUUGUUCCAACCAGAAAUGUAUUGAUCCUUGUUCUGGAUUAUGUGGUUCAAACGCUCAAUGCCAAAUGGUCAAUCAUGUGCCUAAGUGUAUUUGCAUAACUGGAUAUGUUGGUAAUCCAUAUGAUAGCUGCCGUAUUAUUAAAGAAACCCCUUCAGAUCCAUGCAACCCAUCACCAUGUGGUCCAUACAGCGUUUGUAAAGCGGUAAACGGGAAAGCAAUUUGUUCAUGUUCACCUGAAUACAUUGGUAGUCCACCUAACUGCCGACCUGAAUGUGUAACAAGCCCAGAAUGCCCUCUUAAUAAAGCGUGUGUUAAGCAAAAGUGCAUCGACCCAUGUAUUGGAACGUGCGGAGAAAACGCGCAAUGCCGUGUUCACCAUCACAGUCCAUAUUGCACUUGUAUUGCUGGUUUCGAAGGGGAUCCAUUUUCGGUGUGCGUUCAAAUCGUUGAAAAGGAAGUAGCAACUUCUCCUUGUGAGCCCAACCCAUGUGGACCAUUCGCUAUCUGCCGAGAUGUCGGUGGAUCAGCUAUAUGCAGCUGUAAAUCUGGAUAUCUUGGUGUGCCACCGAAAUGCGGCCCAGAGUGUACAAUUAAUGAAGAUUGUCCUAAAGACAAAACAUGUCUAAGGGAAAAAUGCAUCGACCCCUGUACUGGAUCCUGUGGAGCUAACACCAACUGCCAUGCAAUGAACCAUCUUGCCAUAUGUACUUGCUUACCACAUUAUCGCGGCGAUCCUUUUGUCGGAUGCUAUGUCUAUGAAGAAAAAGAUCAGCUACAACCAGUUGACCCUUGUGCUCGAUCUCCUUGUGGCGUUAAUGCAUUGUGUAGCAAUGGUAGUUGUGAAUGCAUACCGGGAUAUCAUGGAAACCCUUACAUUGAAUGCCGACCAGAAUGUACGAUGGACAACGACUGUGACAAACAAUUAACGUGCAUAAAUUACAAAUGCAUAAAUCCAUGCAAGAAUGCUUGUGGGGUUGACGCUGUAUGUAACGUUUACAAUCACAUCGCAAUUUGUGAAUGUCCGUCUCCAUUACAAGGAGAUCCUUUCAUUUCCUGCAAACGCGUCGUUGAAAACAAUGUGGUGGAUCCAUGUUCACCAAACCCCUGUGGACCCAAUAGUGACUGUGGACCAAACGCAGACUGCGUCGACGGAAAAUGCCGUUGCAAAGUCAACUUCUUCGGGACACCUCCAUUCUGUCGUCAUGAAUGUCUCAGUUCGAUUGAUUGCGAUUGGAAUUUGUCAUGUUUAAACAGGCGUUGUGUUGAUCCAUGUCCAGGCGCCUGCGGACAAGGCGCAAUUUGUACUCCCACAGCACACAAUCCGCGCUGCGAUUGCCCCCCGAAAACUACCGGGAACCCUCUUUAUGCAUGUCGACCCAUCAACACAAUUCAAAUACCACAAAACACAUCGUGCAAUCCAUCGCCAUGUGGUCCUGGUGCUAUCUGUCAUAUCAAGGGUGCAGCGGCGUCGUGCGAAUGUGAACCUGGCUUACGCGGAGAUCCGUACUUUGGCUGCCGACCUGAAUGUCUCGCAGACUCUGACUGUUCCCCAACGCGAGCGUGCAUGCGAUCACGUUGCCGAGACCCUUGCAAGGGCACAUGCGGCAUAGAUGCCGAAUGCGAAACUGUCAACCACAUACCGCUUUGUUCGUGCCCGCCUGGUACUAGAGGGAACGCUUUUGUUAAGUGCGACCCUAUCCCACCAGCGCUUCCGUGUACGCCAUCACCAUGUGGCCCUGGGGCACUGUGCACUGUUUCGGGAAACACUGCCGUAUGUUCUUGCCCAAGUGGCACUAGCGGCGAUGCAGUUUCGACAGGAUGCCGACCAGAGUGCGUCGUUAGCUCAGAAUGUUCUCGAGACCGUGCUUGUGUUCGCAACAAAUGUGUUGACCCCUGCGUGGGUGCCUGCGGGAAUGGGGCCACUUGUCGUGUCUUCGAUCAUGCACCAAUAUGCUCCUGUCCACCGAUGACUACUGGAGAUCCAUUCCUUAGUUGUAGAACGGUGUCACCAGAGGCGCACGAUCCUUGUGACCCGAAUCCUUGUGGACCGCAAGGAACAUGCCGCGACGGCUUCUGCACUUAUUACGAGUGUACUGUAAACGACGAUUGCCCGGGAGACCGCUCGUGCAUCAACAGAAAAUGUUCAGACCCAUGCAUAAACGCUUGCGGUCUCAACGCAAUUUGCACAGGAGUCCGGCAUACCGCCGUAUGUUCAUGUCCCCCGGGCUACACUGGUUACUCUUUCGUUCGUUGCGAUAGAAUAACAUUAACGCCUACUGAGACACCUAAACCUGAAUGUAGAAAUGACGACCAAUGUUCAGAAACCGCAGCUUGCGUUGACUCUCGGUGCAUAUCCGUAUGUGGACCGACAAAUUGCGGCCUCAAUGCUCAAUGUGUUGGGAAACAACAUAGAGCCCGUUGCGCGUGCUUGCCAGGAUACGAAGGCGACGCAUAUUCGGGAUGUUAUUCAGUGCAAUGCCACAGCAAUAAUGACUGCCCCGACGAUGAAAGCUGUGAGAGCGGAUCUUGUGUUAAAGUCUGCUCCCGUAUUCACUGCGGUGUUGAGGCUCAUUGUGUCGCCCGCGGGCAUAGUGCAUCCUGUGAAUGCAACCCCGGAGCCCAAGGCAACCCAUGGACUUCCUGUCGCAGAGACGAAUGCACAAAUGACGAAGACUGCCCGACAUGGCUUGCUUGCAGAGGAAAGUCUUGUCAAGAUCCCUGCCCUGGAGCUUGUGCGCAAGGUGCAUUGUGCACAGUUAUGCGCCACGCUCCAAUUUGCGAGUGCCCGCGAGGAACACAAGGCAAUCCAAGGAUUAAAUGUGAACCGGUGCAAGCUGACGUAGAAUGUGAGGGCGACGCUGAUUGCGGCCCAGAUCUAGCUUGUCUCCGAGGCGCAUGCAGGAACCCCUGUGACGCAACUUCUUGCGGAGCUCGUGCCGUCUGUCGCGUAGCCAAUACGUUGCCUUUCCGUACACUUGUGUGCGAAUGUCCGAAACCACUUACCGGAGAUGCAUCGGUUCAAUGUGUGCCAAAACCUCAAUGCCAGCAAGAUAGUGAGUGUGGGGACGAAGAGCGCUGUUCUAACGGCCACUGCGUUGCUGUCUGCGACGAACGUUCCUGUGGUUCCGGCGCCGAGUGCCGCGCGCAAUCUCACAAAGCCACAUGCCGCUGUGUGCCACCUCUGCAGGGCGACGCCAACGUGGCCUGUACACCAGGAGCAGAAGGAACUGGCUGUGAAUCUGACACGGAUUGCGGCACGGCUGAAGCCUGCGUGGCGCGUCGCUGUGUGGCCGCUUGCGCGGGCGCCUGUGGGGCCGGCGCACUGUGCUCAGCGCCUCAACACCGCGCGCGAUGCCACUGCCCGCCCGGCACAGCCGGCGACCCGGCGCGCUUCUGUUACACGCCUGAAUGUACAUCCGACGAAAACUGUCCAUUCGACAAGAGCUGCGUGAGCGGAUACUGUCAGGACCCUUGCACAUUAGGAUCGCCAUGUGGACGCGACGCGACCUGCGUUGCCGUCGCCCACAUGGCAACGUGCCGAUGCCCGCCCGGAACGCAGGGCGAUCCAAGCGACGCUUGCAUUUCUGUGGCAUGCCAUUACAACGAAGAUUGCGCGAACCAUCAAAUCUGCAACCGACUCAAUCACGUAUGCCAACCGGUGUGCACCGACAACGCUUGCGCCACGGGAGCCCUAUGCACCGCCAACAACCAUCAACCGACAUGCACUUGUCAACCAGGAACAUCUGGGGAUCCUUACGUUCGCGGAUGCGGCAUAACACAAGCCGUACCCGAAUGCUCCAAAGACAUCGAUUGCGUGGCGCCACUGGCUUGCGUUAAUGCACGGUGCAUCGAUUUAUGCUUAGGCAACCCUUGCGAUGAAGGGCUGAAUUGCAAAAUUGUGGACGUAUUACCAUUGCGAGCUGUUGCGUGCGUCUGUCCAGAAGGUGGGCGCGUGGCACCGAACAACGGAUGCCGACCACCGCCAGUAUCGGAAUGCUCCGCUGACUCCGAUUGCUCUGAUAGCCAAACUUGUCGACGCGGUAGCUGCGUGGUAGCAUGCAGGGCAGCACCUUGUGGAUAUAACGCUCUAUGCGAAUCUAUAGAUCACGUUUCUCGCUGCUCAUGUCCACCUGGUUAUAUUGGAAAUCCGAGAAUCGAAUGCAACAUUGAAGGAAGACAACCUGCAAUAUUCGAAUGUUACAUGGAUGCCGAAUGUGAUUCAGAACAAGCGUGUGUUGAACGCACUUGUGUGAACCCCUGCACAAAUUCAUGCGGAAUUGGAGCUCUAUGUAGAGUGAUCAACCAUAAGCCACAGUGUUCUUGUCCUAGAGGAUAUAGUGGCGAUGCAAAUACGCGUUGCGUUCCACCAUCAGACAAAUCAGUAUUACCAGUUGGCUGCAAAGCUAAUUCAGAGUGUCCAUUGUCUCAAGCAUGUAUAAAUGGCGCAUGCGCCAGCCCAUGUGUUUGCGGUGAUAACGCUGAAUGUAACGUCAUAAGGCAUCACCCAGUUUGCUACUGCGAACGUGGCUUUUCAGGAAAUCCCUAUAUUGGGUGUACAAAAGUGAGCUGCACAUCGGAUAACGAGUGUUCAGACAACGAUACCUGUUACAAUGGCGCUUGCGUGAAUCCAUGCAUCAUCGAGGCACCCUGUGCUAUCAGUGCUGAGUGCUACGGGCAGGCUCAUCGACCGACUUGCCGUUGUCCCGUCGGAACCAUUGGAAAUCCAUAUGCAAAAUGUCAAUCAGCUGAAUGCCUAGCGUGCCUCAACACUACGUGCGUUAAUUCAUGCUUAAAAUCAACACCAUGUGGCGAUAACGCCGACUGCAGGGUUAUAAAUACGCUUCCAGUUAGGACCUUAAUAUGCGAAUGCAAACCAGGAUACAAAGGCAACGCUCUCGUUGAAUGUACGCCAUACUUAACACCCACCGCAAAAUGUGUAGACGGGCAAGGAAUUGACGGUAACGGUGACUGUGUGCCUUGCAACGAGAACGAGGGACGAAUAAUAGACGCCCGAGGACGUUGUGUGUGCGAUUGGGACAAAGGAUACACGCCGCGUGGCAAUACGUGCGUGGCGAUUGGAUGUCGUGCAGAUGACCAGUGUGAUGAGCAAUCGCGUUGUAUAAACGGCGUAUGCGUUAAUGCUUGCGAAGCCGAACCAUGCGGUCAGCACACAACUUGCGAAGUCGUAGGACACCGAUCCCACUGCUCUUGUAUUCCCGGAUACGUCGGCAACCCAAGAGUCCAGUGCUACAAUGCAACUACACCACAAGAUAAUUAUCGUACUGACUUCCCGCUACCCGACAUGCAGGUCCAUUGUUUGGCGGAUGGAGUGCGGGUGAGUCUUAAAAUAAAGGACUUCAACGGAGUGCUGUAUGUUAAGGGCUACAGUAAAGACGAACGCUGCAGACUUGUCGUUCACACACCAGAAAGCCAAGAAAGCACUGUUGACUUCACCGUACAUUUCGGCGAUUGUGGUCUAGUGCAUGUCAACGGACUGGCAAGCUUCGUACUCGUGAUGCAGAUACAUCCUACGUUAUUAACGUCGAACGCUAAGGCAUUCCACAUCAAAUGCAUCUACCAGACGGGAGAACAAAAUGUCACUUUGGCGUUUAACGUAUCAAUGUUAACCACAGCCGGCACGAUCGCAAACACUGGACCACCACCAACAUGCUCCAUGAGAAUUGUGUCCAGAUCUGGUGAUGAAGUUAGUUCCGCCGAAAUUGGCGAAAACCUUGUCUUACAAGUCGAUGUCCAACCGUCAAGCAUAUACGGCGGAUUUGCCCGUAGCUGUAUAGCGAAAACAAGUGAAGUGGCAACAAAUAUAGAAAACGAAUACACGGUGACAGACGCAGAUGGUUGUGCAACUGAUGCCGCCAUUUUCGGAGAAUGGGAACGUAGCGAAGACGGCAGUGCCUUACGGGCUGCUUUCAACGCAUUUAAGUUCCCUAGUAGCGAUAACAUAAGAUUCCAAUGCAACAUUCGUGUCUGCUUUGGAAAAUGCCAGCCGGUUAACUGCCGUGGAUACGACGCAUUCGGAAAGCGUAGAAAACGAGAAGUGAUCGAUCCCAGGGAUGGCUUUUAUAACAACGAAGGUCAAUUCCGGGAGGAGCCCGGGCAGCGCGACGGGUCCGGCGCGGAGGCGGCGGGUGGCGCGAAUGGAGGAGAGGUGUGCGUUUCUGCAGCUGGGUUGGCGGUGGCGCUGGCGCUGACGGCGCUCCUGGCCCUUGUGGCGGUGGCAGCCGCCGUGGCCUGUUGGCUGGUGGCCUGGCGAAGAGCGCGUCCUCCGCCCGCCCCGCUCCCCCACCCGCCCGACUUCCCCAACCCGCUGUUCCAGCGC